AUGACGGACAUAGAGUCUGAUAGAAUUAAUUGCUUGCCGGAUCAACUUAUAGACAAGAUUCUCUCAUAUUUGUCAAUUAAGGAGGCAGGGAGAACUAGUGUUUUAUCCCGCAAAUGGGGGAAGAAAUGCAAUCAACGUAGAUUGCAUGGAUGCUCUAGCAAUUUGCUCAAGAUUUUCGAUCAUCAACCUCACAUUGUGAGGCUAGUGAUUGGUGAUUAUUUUCUAAAGUACUUGGCUGCAGGUGUUGUGCCAGUAAAGCUGCCUACUCCUUGUAUGAAUCUAACAUAUCUUGGUUUAUUAAUAAACUUCAUUGAUUCGAAGGAAAUUUCGGUUGUUCUUUGCUUGCUCAAAAGUUCACCAAAUAUUCGAGAGUUCACAAUGUUUGUGAGUUUUUCUUGA